GUUUCGGCGGUGAUCGUGGUGGUUUUGGUGGAGGCCGUGGUGGAGGCCGUGGCGGUUUCGGCGGUGAUCGUGGUGGUCGUGGUGGUGCUAGAGGUGGUGGACGUGGUGGUGCCCGUGGUAAGUCGAAUCAUAUAAUCAGCAUACAGUCAUUAAACCAUCAUGAUAGGUCGUGGUGCUCCUCGUGGUGGCCGUGGUGGUGCCAGAGGUGGUGGUGCCAAGGGUGCUGCUAAGGUUAUUAUUGAACCCCAUAGACAUGCUGGUAUCUUUGUUGCCCGUGGCAAGGAAGAUCUUUUAGUCACCAAGAACUUGGUGCCUGGUGAAGCAGUUUAUGGUGAAAAGCGAAUUUCUGUAGAUGGUCCUGAAGGUACCAAGAUUGAAUACCGUGUAUGGAACCCCUUCAGAUCCAAGUUGGCAGCUGCUGUCUUGGGUGGUAUUGAUCAUGUCCAUAUUGCACCCGGUAAGAAGGUGCUUUAUUUAGGUGCUGCCUCUGGUACCUCUGUCUCUCAUGUUGCUGAUAUUGUUGGUGCUGAAGGUGCUGUUUAUGCUGUUGAAUUCUCUCACCGUCCUGGUCGUGAUUUGAUCAACAUGGCCAAGAAGCGUACAAAUGUUGUGCCUAUCAUUGAAGAUGCCCGUCACCCUCAAAAGUACCGUAUGUUGAUUCCUACAGAUGUCGAUGUUAUUUUUGCUGAUGUUGCUCAACCUGAUCAAGCCCGUAUUAUUGCUUUGAAUGCUCAUCAUUUCCUCAAGAAUGAAGGACACAUUGUUAUUUCUAUCAAAGCAUCUUGUAUUGAUUCAACUGUGGAUGCUGCCACUGUGUUUGCUCGGGAAGUUAAGAAGCUUCAAGAAGAAAGAAUUAAGCCUCAAGAACAACUUACUCUUGAACCUUAUGAAAGAGAUCACGCUGUUGUUGUUGGUAAAUACAUUAGAAAUAAGUAAAUCAAAAAGCUUGUACAUAUAUAUCAUCAUCAUCAUCAUAAAGAAAUAAAAAAAAAGAGAAACUCAAAAAAUAUCUUUUUCCUUUUC